AGCCAGCAUCCCUCGCACCGUGAGCUUCUCUACACUUCUGCGGAAAGACUCAAGCUGAGGGUCCAGAAGACCCCCGGGCAGAGCUUGAGUCCAAAGACCUCCAGGACUGGACAUGAGGAACUUCUAGCUGUGUCUUUACCCCCAGGAUAACCUCACAGAAAGCCAAUUCGGGCAAAAGGUUUUUAUCCUUCCCUAUUCUCCACGUCACCUGAAAUUGCAUCUUAAACAAUAGGAAAUGGACUGUGAAGUUUGGUUUGGAAUUUCACUGAUAAAAAACAUACUUUUGUCCUGCUUCAUUAUGUGUUUGGGCUUUCAUUUGAGUUUGUCCCAAAUGACUACUGCUUCAAUCAAAGAAGACACUAAUGACAACAUCACCAUAUUCACUCGAAUACUCGAUGGCUUACUGAAUGGGUAUGACAACAGACUUCGACCUGGUCUUGGAGAGAGAAUAACUCAGGUGAAAACAGACAUUUAUGUUACAAGUUUUGGACCUGUAUCAGACACUGAAAUGGAAUAUACAAUUGAUGUAUUUUUUCGUCAAAGCUGGAAAGAUGAACGCCUUAGCUUUCAGGGCCCCAUGAAUCGUCUCCCUCUUAAUAAUUUACUGGCUAGUAAAAUCUGGACACCUGAUACCUUUUUCCACAAUGGCAAAAAAUCAAUAGCGCAUAAUAUAACAACCCCUAAUAAACUACUGCGUCUGGAGGAUGAUGGUACGUUGCUUUAUACCAUGAGAUUGACUAUAUCCGCUGAAUGUCCCAUGCAGUUAGAAGACUUUCCUAUGGAUGCACAUGCCUGCCCACUGAAAUUUGGAAGCUAUGCAUAUCCUAAUUCUGAACUGAGGUACGAAUGGACGAAUCUAACCCACAAAUCAGUGGUAGUGGCAGAAGAUGGCUCUCGGCUAAAUCAGUACCAUUUAAUUGGACAAACUGUAGGAACAGAAAAUAUCAGCACAAGCACAGGUGAAUAUACAGUGAUGACGGCCCAUUUUCAUUUAAAAAGAAAGAUUGGAUAUUUUGUUAUCCAAACCUACCUCCCAUGUAUAAUGACUGUCAUCUUGUCGCAAGUAUCAUUCUGGUUAAACAGAGAAUCUGUGCCAGCUCGAACAGUGUUUGGUGUUACAACAGUCCUUACCAUGACAACACUAAGUAUCAGUGCUCGGAACUCGCUUCCGAAAGUUGCUUAUGCUACAGCAAUGGACUGGUUUAUCGCCGUUUGCUAUGCCUUUGUCUUUUCUGCACUGAUCGAGUUUGCAACUGUAAACUAUUUUACAAAACGAAGCUGGGCCUGGGAUGGAAAAAAAGCAUUGGAAGCAGCCAAGAUAAAGAAAAAAGAACAAGAAUCUUUAGGAAGAAAACCUAUCAAUACUUAUGGAGGUGGGAGAAUAUCUUACACUGCAAAUAUCUCCAAGGAUCUAACUCCCUCUGUGAUUGCAAAUGCAUCCUCCAUUCAUAUGAAAGUAGUUGACGAUAAGAGCACCGAAAACAAGAAAACGUAUAACAGCGUCAGUAAAAUUGACAAAAUGUCACGGAUUGUUUUUCCAGUCAUGUUUGGAACAUUUAACUUGGUCUAUUGGGCUACAUAUUUAAACAGAGAGCCAGUUAUCAAAGGAGCCGCUGCUGCAUCCAAAUCAUCUCCAGUAUUGCCAAUACAUAUCUGACCACUAUAAUUGGGACUGACAUAUCAGUGAACACAAUACUUGCAGAAAACAUCAUUUGAAUGUGCAAUAUAUAUCUUUUUUUCUUUUUGCAUGGUUAGUCAUUAUAAUUGCCUACAUUUCGUCAUUUGAAUGGUUAACCUAGUAUUUCAAGGAAAACUUUCUUACUGCACCAAAAAUUAAUCAACUGUAUUUUUUCACAUCUUUUUUAUAAUUAAUGCAUUCAGACAUUACAUUUUUGC